GGCUCUUUAUCGUUUUCGCUGCAAAAACAAUACUCCACCGGAAGCUGUUCCAUCUGCACGAGGUGCAAGAACUGAGUUGCCUCCUCAUCUUUUCCCACCACGCCUUACCUUGCACGGUGAGAAGGCACCGCAAGAUCAUAGUAGCACGGGGACUGAGGAGAACAAAGCAGCUCCGUGCCGGGGUGAUCGUGAACCCAAUCUGCCGCCUCGAGGAACUGAAGGUGCUUGCAACGAAGCGCGUGCAACGCCAAUUAAAGACUUAGAAGUCCAGACCAGCGAAGGAGAAGCGCAGCAGCAGCACGGGGCGGGGGGGGAAGGGGCUGAGCUUGGACUGCCUAGAGGCAGCCCGCCAGCCAGCUGGUCCCAGGCUCUAGGGGAAGGAGGGAGGGGCUGCUCAAAACAACAGAAGGAUAAGAUCCGUGAGGGAAGCCCCGCAGUCUCCAAACAGAAUAAAAAUUUGUGCGUGUGCAUAGAAUACUUCUCCAUACAUACCAUGAGUGAUGAACCAGACUGUGUCUCACAAAAACUUAUUACUACAAUGACACAUGCCCUCACUGCCAUCUACCUGGACUACUGCAACUUGCUCUACAUGGGACUGUCCUUAAAGAUUGGAAACUUCAGAUGCUUUGAUGAAAGCAACGAUAGCGCUAUCCAGACAACAACAGUCUAA